UGUCCAAGGGGAGGCGCCGUACUCGUCGGCGGGAGCUGUCGCAACUGGCGCUAGUCGCGCGCACUUCACCUCGUACGCGUGUCGCUUCUGUGCUGAGCGAAGCCUGGCUACCGGACGGCACACGCCUCGCUACUGUUUUGGAGCGAACGAUCACUCGUGAAAUCCUCGUGUGCGGUCAAACUGGCGUCCGUGCACGUUGAAGAUUCUCGGCCUUGCUUAGCUUUUCUGAGCUAGCCGCAAACAAAAGGGACGCGCUUGCUGCCAACCAACUCCUCGACAUGGGUGAAAAAUACCUCAGCCGUGAGCAGCAGGAGCCGCGGUUGCCUGGCAUUAAAGACGAGGCGUCCGAGCAUCUUUGCAUUCGAGAGGAACAGCAGAUGCAGCUCUCCAACAUCGAAAAGGAGGAGGAAGAGCAGGUAGAUGACAUCAUAGCGUUGACGUCGACUGGUGUCCCAUUGAAGAGCGAAGAUGACGGUCAUUAUGAGAAUGGAGGGGCAGAGCCUCUGAGCGGCUGCCCAAGGCAACACUUGACAACCGAAGGUGAUGGCGACCUCUGUGGAGGAUCGCAAGCAGACGGCCUGUUAGCACCGUGGUCGCAGAGCGACGACACCUCGCAGUCUCUGUGCACUGAUGAUGAUGAGGAGGAGGAUGACGAUGACCAAAUGACACGGCGCACCGACAACAAACGCUGGAAAUGUUCUCGGUGUGGAAAAACGUUUGUGUAUAAGUCACUUUUGAAAAGCCACAUGAUAUCCCACACUGGAGAGAAACCUUUUGUCUGCUCAGAUUGCGGUAAGAGAUUCUCUCAUCGGGGCCACUUGAGAACACACGCAAACACACACACUGGUGAGAAACCUUUUGCUUGCUCAGUAUGUGGCCAAAGAUUUUCUCAGAAUGGAAACUUAAGGACACAUAUCAGAAAGCACACUGGAGAGAAGCCUUUUGGCUGCUCAGUUUGUGGCCAACGCUUCUCUACACAGGUGAGCUUAAAAACACACACAAGAACCCACACUGGUGAAAAACCAUUUGCCUGCUUAGUUUGCAAUCAAAGAUUCUCGGAAAGGGCAAACUUGAGGUCACACACAAGGACGCACACUGGAGAGAAGCCUUUUGCCUGUGCAAUAUGCGGUCAGGGAUUCUCUCAGAAGGGAAGCUUAACAAUACAUACAAGAACCCACACUGGUGAGAAACCGUUUGCCUGCUCAGUUUGCGGUCAAAGAUUCUCUGAAAAGGGAACCUUGAUCAAACACGCGAGAACGCACAGUGGAGAGAAACCUUUUGCCUGCUCAAUUUGUGGUCAAUGUUUCUCUCAGAGGGGGAACUUAAAAGUACACACAAGAACCCACACUGGUGAGAGUGCGCAAAGAUUUUACAACAGGGAACGUUUAUAAGAAUGUGUUGGUGAGUAACAGAAGAAGCCUAUCACGAAAUAUCAAUCUUGAAAGUAGUUUCUCAGACAUUGAUUGUCAGAUGUCCUGUUUGAGGGAGUUUCCUGAAAGCCUGUUGUGCGCAGUAAUGAGAAGUGGCACAAGUGCAAAAGCAGAAAAGAAAGAAAGAAAUAAUCUGCUUUGUCUGAAGUUGUGACCGAAGUUUAGCACGUGUCCAUGACAUGAGGAAAA